AUGGUUUACGAAUUAAUCACUAAUUUCUUCGGUUGGAGACGAGUGGUUAAAAGUGGUAGAAAACUGAGCGGACAGGUAGUGGUGGUGACCGGCGCUAACACCGGCAUCGGAAAGGAGACGGCAUUUCAAUUGACAUUAAGAGAGGCAAAGGUAUACAUCGGGUGCCGAGACGUAAAGAAAGGCGAAAAUGCUGUCAAAGAAAUCCAAGCGUUUAAUCCAAAGGCAGACAUAAAACUAUUAAAACUUGAUUUGUCUUCACUUCAAUCGGUCCGCCAUUUCGCCAAAGAGUUAUCUCAAUUGGAGUCCAAAGUGGAUAUCCUUAUCAAUAACGCCGGCGUUUAUGGCUGCCCUGAAUGGCAGACUGAGGACGGCUUUGAGAUGCAAAUGGGAACCAAUCACCUUGGUCACUUUUUAUUAACCUUACAUUUGAUACCGCUUCUUAAGAAGUCAUCGGCGGCUCGAGUGGUGACAGUGUCGUCGUGUAUGCAUUUGAUGGGAGAAAUAAAUAUCGACAACAUUAACCUCAGGAACGGUAUCUACGAUCCCGUAAAGGCCUACAAUCACAGCAAACUCGCCAAUAUAUUAUUCAGCCGAGAGUUAGCCAAACGACUCAUCAAAACCAAUAUUAAUACAUAUAGUCUACAUCCCGGUGUCAUUCAGACAGACAUACAGAGAUACUCUAAAACGGAUUCCAAGUCUAAAACUGAUCUAGGAAUUUUUGAAAAGUAUUUUAUGUUGAAGCCAUGUCUGGGAUCCCAGACCACCCUCUACUGUACACUGGAUGAGAGUCUGGACAAUGAGUCCGGGUUUUAUUAUGACAACUGCCGUCGCGUGGAUAAUAUGGUUUUUGAGGCCAGGGAUGACUCGAUGGCCAGUAAACUAUGGGACCUGAGCUCUGAUUUAGUGAAACUCGAAGAUCACCUCAAGAUUUAG